GGGCAAGUCUCUGCACCAUCAGAGCUAGGCAGACUUUCGUGGGAGUAGUCCACUACUGCAUGGCGAACUCGAGAUUCGCAUUCGCGACUCUUGUAACGUCGGACUCGUAUGCAAAUGGAGCUCUGGUCGUGGCUUCGGCUUUAAAAGAGCUGCAUCUUGCACCCCCAACACCCCCAGAAGUGGCGUUUCAAACCGUCUGUAUCGUCACCCCCGAAACGGUGGAUGUUGCUAUCAUCAAAAAGCUCCGUCAAGCUUUCGAUAUCGUUUUCGGGGUGGAGAUCAUCGAGGAGAAUCAGACCAAAGGACUACAGUUGUUAGGUCGACCAGAUCUGCAUCUCGUUCUUACGAAGCUGCAUGUCUUCCGAUUGACGCAAUUUGAUAAAAUUAUAUUCCUGGAUGCGGAUGUGCUUCCGGUCAGGCCGUUGUCCCAUCUUUUUACUCUCCCUCAUGAAUUUAGCGCCGUCCCAGACGUGGGAUGGCCUGAUAUCUUCAAUUCCGGCGUCAUGGUCUUGACGCCAGGAGAGGAUAAGUUCAACGAGAUCAUGGAUGUCAUUAAAACACGUGGAAGCUGGGAUGGAGGCGAUCAAGGGGUUCUCAACGAAUGGAGAGGGAACAAUUGGAAUAGGUUGAGUUUCACAUACAAUACGACGCCUACGGCUGCGUACACAUAUGCCCCAGCGUACGAGCGAUUUGGUUCCCAAAUUUCUGCCAUACAUUUCAUUGGACCGAAUAAGCCAUGGUCAUCCGCAGCCUCGCGGACCCCUUUCGCUCAUUCGGCGCCACCGCCUUCCAGCCCCCCAACUACCCAACAAUCCUAUGGGUAUAACCAAUUGGUAGACCGGUGGUUUGAUGUAUACGAUCGAAAUUUCCGGGCCCCUCGGCCGGAAGUUCAGCAAUCGGUAUUCCACUUUGAGAAAUACGAGCCUGCAUGGAGUGACAAGGCGCCAGCUGUUACCAGUGGUGGUCUAGGCUUAGAGGAGUUGAAACGUUUGGCUAUUGAAGGGAUGAGCAAAGUACACACCCAAGUGGGCGAAGGGCAGUAUCAGAGUUUACCAUUGGAGGGCCGCAUCGAUUUGAUGCGGCCCAGUCCUCCUGUCCCACCCCCGGUUCUACCAACGACUGUCCCUGUGUCUGAUUUACCCCCUCAUCUGACAACUUCGUUACGGAUAUCCACGCAUCAGCCAGAAGUUCGUCCAGUGGACGUUGUUGAAACGGCACCACUGCACGUACAUGCGCCUGCCCCUGAACCUACGCACGUAGAGUCAGUCGAAAACAGUCCUCAGCCGUCAUCGCCUCCCUCUCUGCUUCCCCCUCACCACCAUGAACCUCCGGAAGUGCAACCACUGACUGUUUCCCUUGAAACAACAUCCCUAGUUCUACCUGCAUUACCGGGACCAGAAUCGCUGCCGGAGCCCGAAUCGCUACCUCCCAGGCCUCAUUCACCCACUAUGUUGGUCUGGAACCCUGCCUUUGACCCUCCACCGACCAACAAGCCAAUUACACCGAGUAUAGAAACACUUGGUCAAGCGUACGUCAACGCCUGGGAUCUUCUGCACACACGUCGUCAUCGUCAGGAUUCCGUGACACAUUCUUCAUUCGACAGUGCUUGGGAAACUUCCCCUCCAAGGCCGGCUCACCCUGAAGAUUUCUUCGCUAUACCACCAACCCAUGAGAUCCCAGAGCGUCUGGUUAAAGAGGGGACCUACUCGAACGUCACUCAUCAUGAAGCUGAUUACAGCAAAGUCACAAACGUUUUCCCGUGGGAGCAAAGGCAACGUCAAGUCCCGGCUCGUGCUUUCCCGGCCUCCGAAGCUCCGCCUCCAAAUAUCCAGAGAGCUGAGUCCCCUGAGCCCCCUGCCCCGCUUUUAACUGUAGAAGAGCCUACGCCGGAAAAAACACCUGUAUCAAUUCGGAACCCCCGAACACACCGCGAACUGUAUUAUCCAGCCACUCCAACUACCCAUGGGAUGCCUGGGUCCAUUGUAUACACGAAUGCAUGGGAUAACAUCCCAAGUAUUCAAAGAUAUGCGAACACGCUUGUUAAACCUAUCCCCGAGAUUGUCUCAACCUCCCCACCUUCAUCUAAACGGCGAAAGCAGCCCCAAGAGCCUGCUCCGCUCCAACCAAUAGAAGAUGAUCAUGACGGAGAUGAUGAGGACACUAGCGAAGGCUCAUCUUCAGGAGACGAAAAGCCGAAGAGCGCGUCUUCCUCCCGUCGUAGCAGUGUGCCAUCCCGGGGAUCGCAUAGAGGGUCGGCCGCAAGUCCUGAGCACAAGAGGCCCCGCACAAGAACUGGUUCCAUACUUUCGGCCAGUUCCAAGGAAUAUAAAUCGGAAGGCAUGCAGACUGUUCCUAAGAGUAGGAAACACCAGUCUACCCAGACUGAGGAAGUUGGGAUAUUCUAUGCUGACUCGCCGCGAGCAGAUGCAUUGCCUGCUGCUGCACCUCCAGAGACCACGCCCCCUCCGCGCUUGAACAUCAAUCGACUGUUAAAGGCUGGUGGAUACUCCCCAGCUGGACCGCUGUCUCCGCGAAUGGCAGAUUCUACGUCGGCAUCACCACCUGGUGCUGGCGAACGACCCAUCCCAUCGAUUGACGGACAAAUCAAAAAGCCAUCUACACCCACUCGUGACCCCCAAUCACCUGUCGCACUCGGAUCUCCCUUCCAACAGACACGUUUCAAGUUAUCGCCAACCCAAUCACCGAGAGAGAUAGUGCCGUCGUCUCCCAGCAUGGCUUCCACUGCCACGCUGCGCGACCAAUCCACUCUAACUGGAGAAAGUAACCGCCUGAGCUGGAUGAGCACCACGAGCGGAACGUCUGAUGCUACCAUUGCUUCUCCCAUCUCUACCACGGUGUCUCCCGACCUUGCUCAUCUGGCAAAGAAGGUUUCUGCUGGUCGGAAAUGGGAUCCUGCCAGAGGAGUGGAUGUGUUCAAACGGGAUAGUCAAGAGGUACUUGCAAAAUUCUUAAAAAUGGGUCAAUGGAGCUCUAGCAGCGAGACCACUCAGGUGUAAACGCUCCGCCCAAAUAUCUUCACGACUGUGCAAUAAAUUAACUGGAAAAUGUUGUUUUUGCGUAGUUGCUUGUGUUUUAUCUUCACGGUCAAGUCUGGUGUUGUAUAUAUUUCCAACUGUUUUCACAUUUUCACAUUUCUCCUUCCUGCUGAUGACUCCCCACUCGAUUCCUCCGUAACCCCUUGCCUUCCUCUUGUCUGUCUGAUUCCUAACGUCCCCGCAUAUUUAUCUUUGUUGAACAUCAAACAUUUGUCUUCUCCCCGCGUCACCUACCUCGCCACUUGUGAUCUGUUACCACCCCAACCUAUAUCAUUCACGGUCCGCUUCGCUUCGCUGCAUUGUUUAGAUACCCUUUUUGCAGUUACACAACAGUCAACCGAUCCGACCAUUCACCUGUUUACGUACAUUUUUCUCCGCAUGUCCAUAUGACUCCCGAAUAGACGUUGAGUUCUUCUGUGUUACAU